AUGGACUCAAGUCUGUUCGUUUCUUCAAUAACUGCUGCAGGCCUUUAUAUAUCGAAUACGACUAAUGAUGAAGAAGAAAUAAAUUCCAGCAUAUCUAACUCUUUUGAUGCACUAGAUAAAUGGAUGAACAACUCUAUAAAAGGCACAAGCUUGUCGGAUUCUAGUACAGUCAUUGAUAGUGUCAAUAUUUUUCUCGGGAGCUCUAGAAGUUUAAACGAAAUCACUUUGGUCAAACUGCAUGGCACUCAAGACAGGGGUUUAGAUAAAACCAAAGUUUUAGACCUCAUGCUUAUAUGACAACCCUUCCAAAUUGAUUUGGUUAUGCAAAACCUUUACUCACUCCUGGAAAAGAAUUCAAGCGAUCUUUCAGAAAUAAAUAAAAGUAAUGGCUUUAGAAUUCACCCCGUGAAUUUCCUCAUACAUUUAUGGAUUCAAUUUUUAUACCGUGCAAAAUUUAAUAGAAUUAGCUAAUUUAAUUUAUUAAAUAAUGUUUUAAAACGCAAUUUGUUCAAAAUUCAACAGAAUUAGCUCGAGAUUUAAUUGUAAUAAUUAUUACUUAUAUAUCAUUUUUUUUUCAUACAAACAGAGGGUGGGUUUUUGGCAAAAAAUAGGGAUUUUUCUGAAUGGUUUUGCUCACUCACGAGGGGGGGAGUUAUUAA